AGUUUAUUAGAUGGUCGUGCGAGGGUUUUAAUUGCAUGACCUUUAAUUAAUUGAAAUGCACUCUGAACACUGAAUGGGACAUGUUUAAUGCACGACAAAAAAUUCAUAAAAAAAUUCAAUUAGCUUUUUCAUUGACUUUCAUACGUUUUUCGUCUUUUCUACAAAACAUUCACGCGAUCUUUUUGCUGUUUUCAUCGAUAAAAAGUAGUGAGUGUGGAAAGAUUGAUGGAACUUAAGUGUUGUAACGAUCUCGUUCUAUCGAAUGAUUUUUUCUAGAUUCUAAAGACAAUUAAUUUUGCAUCUCCAGUGAGGGCGGGGAUGGCAACAAUGCAGGUUACUUACACUGUUAUACCCAAAGAACUCCAGAUUAUCCCUGCAAAAGUCCUUGGGAGGGGAAGGACUGGUGCUAUGGCAACGGAAACGUGUUUGGCUCUUCCUCAAGGAAACAUAUUCCUUUCAAUUGAGAUCAUUUCAAAUAAUUCCUCCCAGCAGUAAUUACAAACUUUCCUUUUGAAAAACAUGAAUGAUAACCUGUCUCUGAAGGGUCAGGAGAGCCUCAUUAAGCGUUCGUUGCGUGAAAAGGAGGAGAAACGUGCUCAAGGACGAAGACGAAGUCUGUUGCAUCUCAUCCUAGAUUUUUUGCGGCAGGAGGGUCUGUCAGAGAGUUCCGAAACAUUGAUGCGAGAGGCGCAAUUGACACCGGAAGUUCAGGUGUGCGAUAACAUCGAUCUCGAGAGUAUUUUGAUGGAUUACUCCGAUUAUCACCUCUCGAGAUUCAAUAAGUUACCGAAAAUUUGUAAGAAGAUUGAAAAUCCUGGAGUCCUGAAGGAAAUCAUGUCUCUCCCUAAUAUUCCCAGUAAAAAGGAAAAAAUUAAACCGAGAAAAUCUGAUCCUGAGGACUCUCCUGAUGAACGAAAAAGUUUCAAUAUCCCGGAAGCAGAGGAUAAUUUUGGCAUGACUAUCAUUCCAAUAUCAUCCGAGUCCGUCAAUAAAUCAAGACCCAACGAUCGAAUUUCCAGUGACAGGAAAUUACUGCGAUCUCUAGAUGAAUUAUUUCCACGUGGCUCGGAAUAUCGUGACAUAGCUGACGUUAUAAUGAGGGAAGUCGUGUUAAUGGAGUUAAACGUAAGAUGGAGUGAUAUUGUUGGGCUGGAAGACUGUAAGCAGGUGCUUGAGGAGGCGAUUAUUUAUCCAAUUAGAUAUCCUGAUAUAUUUUCCGAAAAAUUUACACCUUGGAAUGGAGUUAUGCUUUAUGGACCCCCUGGAACAGGGAAGACAAUGCUAGCGAGGGCGGUUGCAACAGAAUGCAACUGUACAUUUUUCAAUGUCACCGCUAGCACGCUUAUCAGCAAGUGGAGGGGAGACUCGGAAAAAUACGUGAGAGUCCUGUGUGAUUUAGCAAGACAUCAGGCACCAUCUAUCAUUUUCAUCGACGAGAUUGAUUGGAUUAUUUCGGGGGAUAAUGACGCUGGAACAUCUUCUGAGCCUGCUAGAAGGUUCAGGGCUGAAUUACUGGCAAGAUUAGAUGGACUGGUAACACUCCAAGGUUCCCGUGUCCUUCUACUCGCGACAACUAAUGCUCCUUGGAAUUUGGAUGCGGCUCUGCUAAGACGCCUAGAAAAACAUUUGCUAAUAAACCACCCUACAGUGUCUGCUCGGCGACAAAUGCUCAAGUACUACACAUCCCCGACGCUCCAUAAACAGAAUGACUUUGAGCAAUUGAUAAAGGAGACCGAGUUUUACUCUGGAUCAGAUUUGAAGCAGAUGUGUAAAGAGGCCUGGAUGAUCCAGAUGCGGCAGUACAUCUCCACAGAAAGAGAUAAAGACAUGAAUAAAGUAAAAGGGCCAGAUCAAAUAAAUUCCAUUGAUGUACUCAAAGCUGCCAGAAAAACAAUUCUACCAACAACGAAACACUUGACUGAUAGAUAUAAACAAUGGGAAUCUAGAGUUAAAUAAUCACCUUACAUUUGACAAUUUUUUAUAAUUACCGUUU